GGAUUUUCCGCAAAAGAUGGCGUCAGCGCUGUCAGAGAACCCAGCCUCUGUGAUUCACUCUCUCAACCUGGCUCACAACACACUAGACAACCAAGGAGUCUCCAACCUGAUUCAACAAGUGUGCCGCCUCAACAAGGGACUGCGUCUCCUCAAUCUCUCCAAGACCUCUCUUUCCUCCAAAGGUGUGGUUACUCUGUCCCAGGCGUUGUGUUCAAGUGACGACUACUCCAAUUCUCUGCUGCAUCUGGACCUCAGCAAAAACCCUGGGGUUUUGUCUGGAGAGGAUGCCACGAACCUGUACCUGUUCCUGGCCCAGCCCAACUGCCUGGUCCACUUGGACCUGUCUGGGACAGACUGCACCGUGGACUCGUUGUUUGGGGCCUUGCUGCGAGGCUGCUGUGCUGACCUCUCCUACCUGAACCUCUCCAAGAACUCCUUCUCUCACAGGAAAGCGAGAGAUUCUCUGCCAACUUUCCGCCAGUUCUUCAGCUCUGCAUUCAGCCUGACCCAUGUCAGCCUGGCCUCUGUGAAAGUCCCGCCUGAUUCCCUGAGGGCUCUGUUCUUAGGUCUGUCCAAUAACCCUCAUAUCACUGAUUUACACCUGGACAUCGGCAGCUGUGAGUUGAGGUCAGCAGGUGCUGGGGUGAUUCAGGAGCUGUUUCCUCGAGUUUCAUGUGUGGGGACUUUAGACAUCUCUGAUAAUGGCUUGGAUGCGGACUUGCUGGCUGUCAUCCCAGCGUUCUCCAGACACCCCUCCCUCAAACACCUGAUGCUGGGGAAGAACUUCAACAUCAAGGGCAGGGUGCUGGAUGAAAUUCUGCAGAAACUGGUUCACUUGGUGCAAGAGGAAGAGUGUGCCCUGCAGUCCCUCUCCCUGGCUGACUCGAGGCUUCGCCAGCGGGGCACAGUGCUGGUCAACGCCCUGGGCUCCAACACCUGCCUGCGGAAGGUAGACUUAAGCGGCAAUCUCCUGGAAGACUCCGGGGCCAAGAUGCUCAGCAAAGCUCUGCAGAUCAACACAACACUCAGGAGUGUGAUGUGGGAUCGCAACAACACCACAGCGACAGGCUUCCAAGAUGUGGCGAGAGCGCUGGAGCACAACUUUACACUUCAGUAUAUGCCCCUCCCUCUCAGUGAUGUCACUCAGGCAUACCGCAGCGCCCCGGAAAAGACGGACCAAGCCCUGACCAAGAUCCAGCGUGCCCUGCUUAGGAACAACCAGACUCAGCGUUUCUCUCAGAAACAAGCUCUCCGGCUGCACCAAGGUCUCGUCACCAGCACUGCCGAACAGGUGAUGGAACGUCUGUGUGUGCGGGUGCAGCAGCAGGUGUGUGUCCUGAAAGGCUGCGAGGAAGGAGAGGAGGUCCAGACGGCCAGACAAAUCCUCAAAGAAGCCAGGGAUUCAAGAGCUCUGUAUCCCUCUCUGUGUGAGUUGGCCCAUGUGUUGUCAGUGGACGGCCCCGUCAAACAGCGACUGGACACUCUGGCUGGAGAACUGGCUAAGGCUGCGGACAAAGAGCUGCAGGUGGUGGUGGACUCGAUGGUGUCCCUGUGCCGCGAGCUGUGUCCAAUGUCCUGCUCGGCCGCCGAGAGACUCACCCCGCCUCUCUCGUCCAUCUCCGAACAAGUUUCGAUCCCUCGCUCCGCCAUCCGCAACGCCCUCAUGGAGAGAGCGGCUGAGGAUAUCAACAGAGCCUUGGAGGAGGUGAAGUUGUCCGUGGUCUCCUAUCUGACCAACUCCAUAGUGGAUCAGAUUCUGCAAGAGCUGUACAACACCCAUAAAACCCUGGUACUGCUGCGGCAGGUGUCUCAGGCAAAGCGUUGGGAUGACGUUGGGACAGGCAGACGCAUCAGACAGUCCAGAUUAGUCGAGACUCUGGAAUUUCCUGAUGAGGACUUUGGCGUUAACCUGGGAAUAGACACAAUGGCCAUUAAGAAGCGGACCUCGAGAACUAGAAGAAUUCGUCCCGUCUCCACCAGACCGAGUCUAGGUGAUGAGCCCAGUCCCUCUCCUACCCCUUCUGCUCCACCGCACUCUGCCCCUCUUACCCACUCGGCAUCAUGGGAGUGUCUGUCCACCCUCCCCACCAACGGCUCGCCCUUGCGUCACGUGACCCACGUCAGGCCUCGCCCACCGCGGAGACACAGAGCAGGGCACCCUCCCCCAGAAUCUCAUUGCUCGGAGAAUGGAGGAGUCAAUAUGCUGGAGGAUGGACUACCUGAUUUUUACAGCAAGAGAGUUCUACCUGACAGUCAGUUGUCAUCCCUCCAUCAGGGCCAGUCGCUGAGGAGAAAGAAGAGACGAAGCGUGUUGUCCAUUUUCUCCGGCUUCCGCAAGAACCGCAGCUCCACCAUCUCUAAUCAGGACUUGGACAGCGCCUCAGAGAACGUCUACUCGAUGAUUCAGCAAACAGGGAGGCCAGAGAGCACUGUUCCUGGAGCAAACGGGACCAUGCCUUCAACCCGGCCCAUGCAGGGUGUACCUGUGCAUGGGAUGAGGGCUGCCAGCCCCUCCUGCCUCAUCCAGAGACAGUCCACAGACCUGGUCAGCAUGGUGUACAGCUGCAUUGGGGCAGAAAUCGAGGACUCGGAUGUGAGCAGCACCUGUGACAUCAAAGAGACAGACCAAGAUGCUGACGGGUCGAACGCCAUCUCAGAUGUCCCUGCAGAUACUCGGACUAACGGCCACGUGGUGUCCUCUAAACAACAGACGGACAGACAGAUGGAGACUGGCACGCAGGAGAGGAUCGUACCCCUGACAGACUCACGGACUGACGUGAAGGAGGACAAACAGAGCGGCGGUGGAAGCGUGGCCCCCAGUGGGCCGAGGCCAGAGCCACCCCCACAGAGCACCAAGCCAAGUGUGGCUGUCAUGAGGCAGAGACACCUGCAGGAGAGUUUAGAAGAGGCAGGAAGGCUGCAAGGAGAAGAAGACCAGAGUGAAAGAAAGCAUGAAGAGAAGCAGAGAGCGCGAGUGCCAGAGGGACAGCGUUCUCUUCUACUUAAUAAGCCCAGUCUCGAUCUCUCAAGAGACAAGACCUCUCCGGAAAAGGCUGUGACCUCUGCCAAAACCUCGCCUGUCAAUACAGGUGAAGAACCGACCAGUGACCAGAGGAGCUUGCCUCCUGCUCAGCCAAUCAUUGAAGAGGAGGGGACCGCCGAGAAUGAAAGCUCACCAUCGUCUGCCAAGCCGGGGAUAGAAGCAGCAGAUCCUGUCAGUCAAGAUGGGGAAGAAGGUCGUAAUGGAUUUACAGCAACAUCCCGUCACACCAGGAAGUCCAAUUCGUUUGACAUAGGCAUGGAACGGGACAGCCCCUACGAUCUGGAGAGGUCCUCAGAUUGCAGAUUCCCUGUGAAAAAGCCCUGUUUCCCUCAGUACAGAAACAGAUCCCUGGACUGCCCUGCUGGGACCAGGUGUUAUGAAAGCCCCCAGCUUGGUAACAGAGAUGCGUUAUGACGUUACCAGUGGAUCAGAAGAAGUUUGCUGGGAAGGGCAGACUGGAACAUGGAGGACUGGACAGAGACAAGCUUUUAAAACUGUGUGGACUUAACUGACAAAAGCUCCAACGAGCAGCUUUUCUUCCUUUUUAAUUCAUGUAAACAUUUGUUGCUGAAAAUGCAUGUACUGGUAUGCUUUCUGUUUUUAACUGGUUGCACUCGCUAUGGUUUUUCUCAGGCAUAAGGGAAGCUCUGACCUGCAGUACAUAAAGCACACACAGUAGUUAAAUGUUUCUCCAGUAUGCUCAUCAACUGUUUUGUGCAUUUGUGCAAAAUCAUUUAAUAUCAAAAACACGGUCUCAUCCCCCUCCCUGUCUUUUACUGACAAUCUGUGACUACUAAAAGUGAAUUUGUACUGUAUUUAUUCAAAAGGAGAUGUAAAUACCGAAUAUAAAACUGCACUAACCAUUGUGGUAACUACCAGUUAACAAUCAUGUUUUUAUUUGUGAUUAAUAUAUCAUUUGAUAACUGUUUAUAAGUAUGCUUUUUGGUGUAUGCUGACAUUGAUGAUGAUUGAGAAAUGUGUUAUCAUGCACUUAGCACUCCCAUCUCUUCAAGAGUAUUUAAGUCAUCAGUGAAUCCCUUACAGUUCUAAUCUGAUUUUGCAGGCCUGAAAAUGAAUAUAUUUUCUAAAAAUGCUUCUAUGAAUCAGAAUAAAUAAAAUUGACUUCACAAUGAA